AUGGACGAGAAUGAUUGUGACGAAGAAUCUGAUAACACCGCCACAAUGAGCACAAUUUCUCAGCACAAUUUCAGCGAUAAUUCGGAAACUAUCUGCAUCUCCAUCGUUGAGAACAUGAGGGAAGAUUACGGCUUAUACGUGUGGCCUUGCGCUGUAAUUCUCGGCGAGUAUGUUUGGCAGCAGAAGCAGCGAUUUUCAGAAGCUAACGUUGUUGAGCUUGGUGCUGGAACUUGCUUACCUGGUUUGGUUGCAGCAAAAGUUGGUGCCAGUGUCACUCUUACCGAUGACUCCAGCAGAUUGGAGGUGCUUGACAACAUGAGAAGAGUUUGUGACUUGAAUAAACUUGAGUGCAAUGUGCUAGGACUGACGUGGGGAGUUUGGGAUUCGUCCAUAUUUGAUUUACGACCUACAAUUAUUCUAGGGGCUGAUGUGUUGUAUGACUCGAAUGCUUUUGACGACCUCUUUGCCACUGUGGCAUUCUUGCUCCAUAAUUCACCUGGAUCAACUUUUAUAACUUCAUAUCACAAUAGAAGUGGACAUCACCUUAUUGAGUUUUUGAUGCAAAGAUGGGGUUUGAAGUGUGUCAAGCUUCUUGAUGGGUUUUCUAUCCUGCCAUCCUUCAAGGCUUCUCAGCUAAGUGGUAACAUCCAAUUGGUAGAGAUGGCUCUAAUGUCGAAAGAUAAUGCUUGA